AUGGCCCCAAGAACACGUCGGAUCGUCGACACACGUCAGUCUCUUAUGGCAACUGGAAUUACCCCUACAGGGGGUUUUCAAGAGCUCCCCCUGACACCACCUCUUACGAAUGAGAAGCUGUUGUCGAGAAGCGCUCAGCGCGUGCUGAACCAUUUUAAGCUUCACAAAGCAGGUCAUAGGCCACGGUUUUGGUGGCAGCAUCAGCUCUCUUUACGCCAAUACGCAGAAGCUUUGCGUGCUCUAAACAGCGACAAUCUUCUCAGAAGUUACGUUGAGGACAAAGUGAGAUACGACUACGAUCCUUGUCGGUCUUCUCUGAUUAUCCGAAUGCCAAGUGUGCUCCACGAUGUUUUCUGCGCAAAGAUAGUUGAAGAGAUCUUGCGACAGCUGAAGCAACUUGAGAACGGAGACGAAGACUGCGCUAGUUUUGCGAAGGAAGUCCAGCACCUUGCCACUUCCCGAAUCAUGAUACCUGACGAGACAAGAGAUGGAAAGCAGGUCUAUUCUAAGCGAGAGCCAGAUGCAUCAUUUAAGCACCGACUUGCACGCUUUCCCGGUGUUAUUAUAGCGGAUGAGUAUAUACUGAACACGGAUGGGAGCGUGAACGCGGUCGUUGCCCUGGACAUUGAUUAUAAAGGAUCCCAGAAAGCGGCUAUCACCGUAUGGCGACCUGAGUAUAUAACAGUCGAUGGCGUGGAGGAGCUUCAAGCGACCGCCAAGGUCGACGCGCUGCCGUUCCGUACAGAGUCUGGUCUUCCAGUUGAGGGAGCUGCGCUCCAGUUGUCAUUGAGGGAUUUUGCAACUGAAGAACUCUCGCGGGGGCACACUAGCAUUGAUCAGGAAAUCUUUAUCACAUCCGAUCAGCUUUGUGCCUUCCUCUCACGCGCCGAAGAGGAACAGCGAGGGCAAAUGCUACAUCAAGGUUCUAUCAACAGUCUACGCCCCGGCGCUAGAAAGCGUCGUCGAUCUCCGCCUCCCCCAGAUCAGCCAAGUUCGGACGAGGAAGGUUCAGGUGAGAGCGAAAGAGAAUAUAAGCGUGGACGGCAGAGCAGCGAUUUUUGUCCGGACUCUUCGUCCGGGGAUUUGGAAGGUGAGCUGCUUUAG